ACCCUAAUUUGAAACUGACGGUUCUGCAAAUCAAAAUCAAGAAAUGGAGGAAGAAAACGACAAGAACCCGGAAACAACUGUAGCUCCGGCCCUAAUCUCUGUACACCCGACCCAUAAGUUUGUUUCAGCUGCCGUUGGGUCGGACCUGAGAGUCUUCAAUUUGCAGGAGAGUUGUGUAGUUACAUUGGCAGAUGAAUCAGGAGGCCAUAAGGAUUCAAUUCGAGCUAUUCGUUAUAGCGCAAAUGGGCAGCUCUUUGUAUCGGCUGGAGAUGAUAAGCUCGUAAAGAUUUGGGCCACUGAUUCUUGGCGUUGUAUUUAUUCUGUGGCUUCGGAAAAGAGAGUGAGUGCUGUUGGUAUAAGUAACGAUGGGAUGUUUGUUUGUUUUGCGGAUAAAUUUGGAGUUAUGUAUGUUGUGGAUAUAGAAGAUCACAAUGUGGAAGAUGGAGUUACCGUUAUUAAGAAGGGUGUUCCAAUUCUUUCCCACUAUUGUAGCAUAAUUACUAGACUGGAAUUUUCACCAGAUGGACGGUUCAUUGUUAGUUCUGAUCGAGACUUUAAAAUUCGUGUUACUGUCUUUCCAAAGAAUCCAGUUAAUGGAGCUCAUGAAAUACAGAGCUUUUGCCUUGGUCAUACAGAAUUCGUAUCAUGCCUUACAUUUGUUGGCAGUCAGAAAUAUCCUCUGGGGCUUUUAGUCUCUGGAAGUGGCGAUUCAACUGUUCGCUUGUGGGAUCACACCUCUGGUUCUCUUCUUGAUACCUGCUAUGUUGGAGCUCAGGCAGAAUUUCUACCUUCUGACGGAAAAGAAGAGGAUAUCUUGCCUGCUGUCACUGAUUUAUGUGCGACCCCUGAUGGUUCACUAGUUGCAGUAGCCAUUCAGAGUUUUUAUUCUAAUUUUAGCUUGCCUGGACUAAUGCUGUUAAGAUGCAAUCAAUCCAGCAAAACUCUAUCUGUUGCCAAAGUCGUUUCCAUCCCAGGAGAGACUUUCAUUCCCACAAGCAUAGGGGCAGCUUCUUCAGCCCCAGUGUUAUGGAUGGUUAUGGGUGCGUCCGGCUUACACGUUUCUGAAUCUGCAUCUUUGGCUCGUGUGAGGGGCAUCUCGGGUUUUAGUACAAGCGCUUCUGAGUCUUUAGACCUCGAGACAUUGGUCUUGGAAGAUGCAGAAAUACCUGGAGGGGAGUUGCUCCUUCAAACCCUUCAAGGGAAAUUGUCAAUUGGAAAAGAAGCUUUUUCAGCUGCUGCAGAAGCUGUGAAAACAGCAAUGCGCAAUUUAUUAAUUAAGAAGCAGUACUCAGCUGAGAGACGAGAAUUCAGAAAGAGAGGCAGAAAUGACAUGAAAGGCAAACAAUAGCUUAGUUUCGACACUAGCUAAGUCUUGCUCGUUCAACUUUUCGGGUAGGUAAUGCUAGAAGUGUCUUAGGAUUUCUUGCAAUCUUAGUUGUGUAAGAUUUAUGAAUUCAAGAGAGGUGUUGUACCAUAGGUAAUUCUUUACAUGAUGAAUAGGUGUAAUCUUGCAUGGUCUCUUGAAAUUCUGGUAGAUUCAUUCUUGAGACGCCAUUGUUUUUCAGCAGAUUUUUGCUUUUUAUGGAGACAUCACUUGUAUAAUUUUGGCAGGUUUAGUAAAAUUAAUUGGACGUUA